CCUACGCAUGAGAUUUCGAGAAACCUUGGGCUUAGAAAAAAGUUGCCUUGAGGCGGUGAAAAAAAAAGAAGUCAACGAGGAAAAAUGAAGACAUCGCAAGAGAUCCACUAGUCGCCUCGGAUAGUCGGGUUAUGGUUUUACCUAUUGUUUUGAAGGGGAAAUCCUGAUAUAAUAAUGAACGUCGAAAAAGAGGAGAGAUUCAAACUCGUUGUCGUGGGCGGAGGCGGUGUGGGCAAAAGCGCUUUAACCAUACAAUUUAUUCAGUCAUACUUUGUGUCGGACUAUGACCCUACCAUUGAAGACUCCUACACAAAAAUCUGUACAGUGGAUGGGAAGGAGACACGAUUAGACAUCUUGGACACAGCUGGUCAGGAGGAGUUCGGAGCUAUGCGGGAGCAGUACAUGCGCUCAGGAGAGGGUUUCUUGCUGGUGUUUGCCCUAAAUGACAGUGGCAGUUAUAAUGAGAUCCAUAAGUUCCACACCCAGAUACUGCGUGUGAAGGACCGGGAUGACUUCCCCAUGGUCCUGGUCGGUAACAAGGCAGACCUGGACCAGCAGAGAGUGAUCUCGAGAGAAGACGCUCAGGGGUUUGCAAGAGAGAACCGGAUCCACUAUAUGGAGGCCUCUGCCAAGAACCGCUACAAUGUGGAUGAGGCCUUCCUGGAGGUUGUGCGAGCUAUAAGGAAAUUUCAGGAGACUGAGAGCCCUCCUCUCCCAGCCAACCACACAAGAAAACAGAAGAACAGAGGCUGCCCCUGCACCCUACUUUAAAUGCCCCCAACCCUUUUUUUGCAGCAUUGUUGCCAUAGAGACCAAAACCCAUGAUUCAUCGCUGAUGUGCGUUUGAGUCUGUCCUGCUUACCUGAAGGGAGAGUGGCGAUAUGUUAUGGUGAAGAUGAGUGGAAAAAGUGUGUGUAUGUGUUUGCAUGUGAUGUGUGUAAUGCUAGGGGGUGAGGUUUAGUGUUGGGGUUGCUUAAAGAAGUGGCAAGCAUUUGGUUUAGUGUAACAUUUUCCGAUGUUUUCUUCUAUGUAUGCUGUUUUAUAUUUGGUAUUCUGUCAUGUCUAUAAAAAGGUUGUAAAAGGAAAUUGUUUGAGUUGUAUGGGUGGAUAGUUGAUUGUGUGUCAUUCAAGUAAGACAGUCCAGCAGUGACACAAGUUCAUUUGAAAUAAUUGGAUCAGCGCAAUAGCACAUCUAACACCAAUGCCACCAGACCCUUUUCUUUUUAAAAGUGGAGGGCAGGGAGAGAAAAGAGCAGCAAGAGGGUAGGGGGUAGGGGGGAAAGGAGAUGGAAGGUGAUUAUUCGUCAUUUGAACCAACAACAGUAGUCUUUGUGGUUAGGUCAGGAUUUUUAUAUAAGAUGUAGACACCCUCAUAGCACAAAUGGGGACUUAAAGACGAGAAUUCAUUCAGAUUUGUUUUUACAUUGAGAGACUUGAGAAUUGGUAAGUGUUUAUAACACUGGUACCUUUUUUAUUUAGCAGUUUAGUAUUCAUGACCACAUAAUGUUAUAUGUUUGCACAAGAGAUGGACUGGUAGGUAGAAGUAGGUUGACACUAAAGUGCUGUUCAUUUUGUGUGUGUGGGGGGUGGGAGGAGAUUAAAGUUUGUCCAGGUACAUUUGUCUAUGCAUGUAGUAAUGUAAGCCUUUUUAACUUAUCAUUUCAGUUUUGAAUGCCGCUUGCAAUGUUUUGGGCACACACGGCUACCAAUUAUGCUUCACAGAAUCGAAUUAUUUUUAAAGAAAUGCAUAUGAAAACUGAAAUCCUUACUAGGUGGUGCCAAUGUCCAAAUUAAUAAUCUGGAACACUCACAUUCUUGGUACAAAGCAGUCCUUGAUGUUAGGGAUCUUUUGUACUACAGGGCUGAAAAGAAUGACUUUUUUUUGUCUGAAAUGUAUUCCUCACCAGGCUUUCAUAUGUUAAAUAUAUAAGAUGGCUUGGUGACACCUUGGUGACACCUUGCCUUUCAUUAUGAAUCUGUAUUUAACUUGCACCCUGUAAUCAACCAGUAAUGUGUUUUGUAUUGAAAUAAAAAACCAAAGACUUUGUAUUACUACCAUAA